GUUCUUUACUCUUUCUUUUUUUCUUUUUUCAGUAAAAAAAAUACUAUCAUGGCCGAAUUCGUUAAACUUUCAAUCUUUGGAACUGUCUUUGAAGUGACGACGAGAUAUGUCGAUUUACAACCUGUGGGCAUGGGUGCCUUUGGUUUAGUCUGUUCGUCCAAGGAUCAACUUACAGGAAUGAAUGUUGCCAUUAAAAAAAUUAUGAAACCCUUUUCUGCCCCAGUGUUGGCUAAGAGAACCUACCGUGAAUUAAAGUUAUUAAAGGCCUUGAUGCAUGAAAAUAUUAUCAGUUUAAGUGAUAUCUUUAUUUCGCCUUUGGAGGACAUCUAUUUCGUCACCGAAUUACUUGGAACAGAUUUACACAGAUUGCUUCAAUCAAGACCCUUAGAAAAGCAGUUUAUUCAAUACUUUCUAUAUCAGAUACUUAGAGGUUUAAAGUAUGUCCAUUCUGCCGGAGUUAUUCAUCGAGAUUUGAAACCAAGCAAUAUUCUCAUCAAUGAGAACUGUGAUUUAAAGAUUUGUGAUUUCGGUCUUGCUCGUAUUCAGGAUCCUCAAAUGACGGGCUAUGUGUCUACAAGAUAUUACCGUGCUCCUGAAAUCAUGUUGACCUGGCAAAAGUAUGAUGUCGCUGUCGAUAUCUGGAGUACUGGCUGUAUCUUUGCAGAAAUGCUGGAAGGCAAGCCACUCUUCCCUGGCAAAGAUCACGUCCAUCAGUUCUCGAUUAUUACUGAACUCCUUGGUACACCACCCGAUGACUUGAUUGCAACCAUCUGUAGCGAGAAUACAUUACGAUUUGUAAAGAACUUGCCUAAACGUGAGCAAAUCCCAUUCAGCUCCCGAUUUGCAGGUCAAGACCCUCAAGCGAUUGAUUUAUUGGAAAAGAUGUUGACGUUUGAUCCUCGUAAACGUAUCACAGCUGAAGAGGCCUUGGCUCAUCCUUAUUUAGCUCCUUACCAUGACCCCACCGAUGAGCCUGCUGCUCCAGAGAAAUUUGAUUGGUCGUUCAAUGAAGCUGAUUUACCCGUCGAUACUUGGAAAGUCAUGAUGUAUUCUGAAAUCUUGGACUUCCACAAUGUAGAUAAUACAGAUGGUGCAAAUUAUUUAGGUACACCUCUUACUGGUCCAAUUCAUGAAGGACAAGAAGCUUCCUACAUGCAACCUCAACAACAAUAAUCAUUUUUCUCUUUUUACACUUACACACACACACACACACACAUUA